UGGGUGUGGGGUGCAGUGGGGACAGAGUGGGCAGCAGUGCAGGCAGCAAGUCAGACUCCAGGACAGGGUGGCAUGGACAUCUUGGGGUCGCAGCCCAGGCCAGGGCAGAGGGCAGGGUGCACUCAGCCCUGACGCUGGCCUCUUGCCUGCAGACUGCCUGCUGAUGCUGGUCUACAAGGACAGGGCUGAGCGCUCCCGGGGCCUCCACGAGCGCAGCAGCCUCACCCUGGCGGACAUCUGUGGCCUGGAGCCCAGCCUGGCCUAUGAGGGCCUGGCCCACACGCUGGCCAUCAUCUGCCUGUCCCAGGCCGUCAUGCUGGGCUUCGACAGCCGCGAGGCCAUGUGCGCGUGGGACACCCGCAUCCGCCACGCGCUGGGCGAGGUGCACAGGUUCCCUGUGACAGUGGCUCCUGGCACCAAGCUGGAGAGCGGCCCAGCCACCCUCCACCUCUGCAACGACAUCCUCGUCCUGGCCAGGGAUGUCCCCCCAGCCGUCACGGGGCAGUGGAAGUUGUCCAACCUCCGGCGCUACGGGGCUGUGCCCAACGGCUUCAUCUUCGAAGGCGGGACCAGGUGUGGGUACUGGGCCGGAGUCUUCUUCCUGUCCUCAGCCGAGGGGGAGCAGAUCAGCUUCCUGUUUGACUGCAUCGUCCGCGGCAUCUCCCCGACCAAGGGCCCCUUCGGGCUGCGGCCAGUUCUCCCAGACCCGAGCUCUGGUGGGCUCUCGGCCGCGGAGGAGCGCUCGGCCCAGGAGGCGCUGGAAGCCCUGCAGCUGGAGAAGCGGCUCAGCACCCUCUCCCACACGGGCCGGCCGGGCAGUGGAGGGGACGACCGCAGCCUAUCCAGCUCCUCCUCUGAGACCAGCCACUCAGACCUCAGCGCCAGCAGCCGGCUCACCACGUGGCCCGAGCAGUACCCAUCCUCCGCUGGCACGUCGCAGGAGGCCGAGUACCAGGUGCCGCUGUCCCGGCGGCCACACUACGACACACCCCGCAGUCUGCGUCCGGCCUCCCGGGGUGGCCCCGACCAGGGCAUGGAGGCAGAGCUGGGCAGCCAGAAGUCUGAAGGCUGCCCUUCCGCCUCGCUGGAAACAGAGGGCAUGAAACAGAGGGGCCAGGUGAUGGAGGCCUCUGGCAGCGAGGCCGCACAGGCCAGCCCGGCCCCCAGCGAGCCCUGGGAAGCCAGCAGUCCGCGCACUGGGCCACCCCCCGCCUUCUUUUCGGCCUGUCCACUGUGUGGCGGACUCAAGGUAGUGGCGGCCUCCCCCCCGGGACGCACCAUGGCACAUCCAGGACUCCUGGGGUCGGGGGCCUCCCAGACGCCUGCCUACAUGAACAUCCCCAUGAGCCCACCAUCCCGGCAGCAGCUGCACUACAUGGGCCUGGAGCUGCAGGAAGCUGGCAAGGGCAUCCGAGGGACCCGUACCUCCCGUUACGCACAGAUUGACAUCGUGGCCAUGGAGGCGGCACAGCGGGCUGGGGCCCAGCGAGCUCAGGAGCGGCUGUCGGAGCUGCAGAUUGACAUCGGCCAUGGAGGCGGCACAGCGGGCUGGGGCCCAGCGAGCUCAGGAGCGGCUGUCGGAGCUGCCGCAGCACAGGAGGGGUGCCCCGCGGCCGGCCUGCUGCUGCGAGGGAACCCAUCCCACUGGUGCCCAGCCAACUCUCCUGUCCCCGAGAGGUACCACCCUCAGGUGUCACCUGGGCUGCAGCUGCCAGAUGAAUCUGGAAAAAAGGCGGGGGCCUAG